AUGAGUUCAGAGAAGCUUGAUCUAAAUGUAAUACUGUCUUUGGACGAAUUGGAGGAUAACUUGGAAAACCAAGCACCACAAACAAACCCAACGCAAGCUAUAUUUAAGAAGAAGGGUUUAAAGGGAAAAAAGCUGAACCAAAGAAAAGUAUCGCUCGAUUUUGAUGUCAGCGACGAAGAAGUAGAACAGAAGAGUUUUCCCGUCAUUAAAAGGACUAAAUUUAAGUCACCACAUUCUUUUGUGACUAAAAGUCAACCUUUCAGAGUAGGUGCUGGCCACACAUCAAUAAAAGAAACGAGGAACGAAGACAUAAAAUAUACACAGGAACAUAUCAGAGAGCUCCGAGGGGAACAAAUGGAACGAAACGAAGAUUUGAUGGAUGUUGACGAACCAGUGGUUGUAGAAACCACUCCAGCUGAGGUACUACAAGAGUUUCAUAAAAAUGCACCUAUUGAUAACAACGACGAAGACGAAAAUAUAAUUCCAGUUAUCGAAUACGAUAGUGAUGAUAAUGAUAAUGACGAUAACUUUGCUGCUCCAACAGCUAACAGCUUUCCUGCUGAUGACGAUCUAAUGCCCGAUAAUGAUGACGCAUUUAUUGAUGAUGGCCCACUAAAUUUAGCUGAUUCUAAGAAGUAUCCAAAGCUUGACAUUGAUGAGGAUCUAUAUGAUAUGGAGUUACCAAUAGGAGAAGAAGAAUCCGAAGUAGAGCUAGAUGUAUUGAAGCCUAAUGUUUCCAGAGUUAUAGAACCAAUAGGUAUUACCGAACACCUUGAAACGUUAAAAAAGUCUAUUGAAAACCUCAAGAUGGAGAGACUUGAAUCUGAAUCGCAAUACGCUAAUAUAAAGACUCAGUUUGAUAGUAUAGGCCGAAAUAAAGAAAGUCUACUACUAGAAUUGAUUCAAUAG